CCCCCUCUCCCUCUCCUCACGACACCCUGCAUGGCAUUCGCACGCCAUUGACACAUAUCUCAUCAUACCAUCACCAUACCACAUCUCAUCUCACGCGUCCCAAAGAAAGUGAUAGUGUACGUACCUCUGCUUGCUCCUUGGCUUUCUGAGCUGAGCUGCUCUGCAGUUGGAUGUGCGUGAGCUGGUGAUCUGGGAGGAGUCGGAGUCGGAGGAGGAGAUGCCUCCGGCGAGGGUGCUCGGCGGCGGUGGUGGAGGAGGGGGGUUGGGGGACGAGGCGCCGGAGCUGGAGAGGCAGAUGGGGUGCAUGGCCGGCAUCUUCCAGAUCUUCGACCGCCGCCAGCGCCUGCUCACCGCGCGCCGCCGCCGCCCGCCGCCCAAGAUGCUGCCCCCGGGCCCAGGCCAUACUCUUCCAAGAAGCAGCAGCAAUGUUGCAGCGCAGAGCUCAAGUACCUCCAAGAUCGUUCUGGAGAAAACAUUCAGCAAGAGCAUGACCGAGAACAGUAGCCUUUCAAUAGAGUCAUCAAGGGCUUCCUGUUCUUCCUCCUCAUGCUCAUCCUUUUCAUCACUUGAUGGCAACAAAUCGAUCCAACAAGAGCUGCCAUACAUCAACGAGCAGCUCUUUGUACAGAGGCCACUGAAGAGCUCACCAAGUCUGAAGGACCCAGUCAUGGACACCAGGUCUGGACAGUCAAACAUUGGCUUCAGAGACAUUGUGAAGGACUCCAUUAACCGGGACACCGGAGGCCUUACUGUCAAGACCUCGGUGAAGGAUGCAAGGAGGAAUGGGCAGUACAAAGACUCACCAAGGCCCUUGCUGCUCUCCAAAUCAAUGGAUGGGACCUACGUCAUCGGGAUCGAUAGGAGCACCAAGGUCCCUGCUAAUGCUGUUGAAUCCAGCAGGCGAUUCCCAGAGCAGUCGCGCUUCUCAUGCGAUGAUCGGCGGCUCCUGAGGCCAGUUGAAGCUCAAGAGAACAAGAAGCCUUCCACAAGGCUCAAAGAGCUUCCCAGACUGUCCUUGGACAGUAGGAAAGAAACCCUGAGCUCGAGUUCUCGCCAGAAGACCUUCAGUUACAGGAGAACCGACGACAGUCUCAUGGACGCUCUUAGGCCUCAAGAUUCCCCAGGCCAUAGGCGUGCCAGCAGUGUCAUUGCCAAGCUGAUGGGGUUGGAAGAAGCACCCAAUGCUACAGGGGUGCUAACUGUUGAUAGCUACGAGCCUGAAAGAUCACCAAGACCAGCAGAAGACACACAGAAGGAGCAUCCAGUACCUUCCCCUAGAAGAUUUUGUCAGGAUCCACGCGAGUCGCUGCCAAAAGAUGAGUCUCCGGCAAUGAAAACCAAGCCUUCUCCAAGAAUUCUUACUGAAUCUGCUCCUUGGAGGCAGCAGGAGAAGAUUGCCACCAGUAGCAAGGCUUCACAAUGCCGAGAUGCUGAAGUUCGACCAAGGACUGCAUCUCUCUAUGCCUACAUUGAGAGAAGGGGCGGGGGGCUUGAGUUCUUGGAGUGCAACAAGGACUUCAGGGCUCUCAGGAUACUGGAAGCGCUGCACGCAAAGGAUGCCAAGCGCCAGAACGAUGGCAAUGGCGCAUUAACAGUGGCUGCUCAGCAGGCAGGGGAUGCACUGAACACCAGUUCCAGACACUUCCAGCCUCCCAUUGUAGUCAUGAAGCCAGCAAGAAGCACUGAGAAGCAGCCAGGGGUUUCACUUGCUUCAGUUGAUCCCCUUGCAGGGUUCAGAAACCUCAGGAAGCUGCAGGCCAGAGAUGCGCCUUGCAUUGGCGAGCAUGAGACCAGCACAAAUGAGAAGGUCCAUUCUCGCAUUUCAAGGGCACAAUCCAAGUCCGAUGAACCUGCUAGCCGUGCAAGCUCUCCAAGGCCUACAGGAUCAUCAAGCCCCAGGACAGUGCAGCGGAAGGCAGAGUCAGAAAGGAGGUCUCGUCCACCUGUCUCACCGAAGUCCCCAAGCAAGAAGUCCAGUGAAGCAGCCUCUCCUGGAGGAAGAACAAGAACAAAGCCUUCUCAAGGGAAGAACCACCGUGACAAUGAGGUCUCGAAGAGUCCAAGAAGCAGAAUCAGCAUGGUGAAGGAGAUCGACAUAAGCAUCAUGGAUUUUCAAAAGCCCCUAGCAUCGACACCAAGUCACAAGGGAACUCCUUCAGUUCUUGCUUCAGAUCAGAAGAUUAAUUCACUGGAGAAUGCCCCAAGUCCCAUCUCUGUCCUCGACACGUCAUAUUACCAUACAAGACUGUCAUAUUCAUUCAAAGAUGGGGAGACACAUUCUUCAGAGGAGUGCUGGAACCCGAACAGCCUGCCUGACACGCCACAGUCCAAGACGAGCAGUGAAGUCAGCCAGAUCAAACCAGAAAAUUUUGAGGCCCUCAUCCAGAAGCUUGAGCAAUUGCAGUCAAUGAAUGAUGAAGUUGCAAACAAGAAAGAUCAUCAGUACAUUUACGAGAUACUCUUAGCAUCUGGCCUCCUGCACAAAGAACUUAGCUUCGUAGCCAUGCCUGGUCAAGCAUGGCCAUCAAGCUGCCUGAUCAAUCCAGAGCUCUUCCUCAUUCUUGAACAAACAAAGCCAGAUUUUGCUUCAGCAGACCAAACUGUUACCAAGAGCUCCAAAGCUAACACAGAAAAGCUUCAUCGAAGAAUUGUAUUCGAUCUGGUAAACGAAAUUACAGCUCAGAAGAUGAACAUUCAUUGCUCGGCAAGUCAGUCAGCCAAGUCGCUUCAAUUAAGGAAGUACAACGGAUGGCGACUUUUUAAGGACCUGUGCACAGAGGUUGACAGGCUUCAAUCUGAGAGUUCAGCGAUAAAAUGCUCUGAAGAGGAUGGGGAUGAAAGAAUGCUAUUGGUUGAGGAUCCACUGAAUGGAAUAGAAGAUUGGAGCUUCGAUAGUGAAUCGCCAAGCACGGUUUUGGAGAUCGAAAGAUUAAUCUACAAGGACCUCAUUGACGAGGUCAUAUGGGAUGAGGCCACAGGGAAGAUGCAAGGUGGACAGUGGAACCUAAAGAGGCAGCUGUCAUUUAGUAGUACAAGCUGAAUAUGCUUGGCAAUACAUGUUUCCCCUAGGAAGCUUAGCAACUACACUACACUAGUGAAUGUAACAUCUUGUAUUUUGCUGAAGAUUAAACUAUAGAAGAAAUAUAAAUAUUCCUCAACACGGGGCCUCAGUGUCUCACUGCAACUGACCCUAGAUGAAGAAGCAA